GCUCAGCAUGCAAACCAGUUGGCCAUCACAUAGGAGAGCAGAUGCUGGCAGGGAAGGCUGUGCUCUAAUUAGCAUGCGUUAAAGGAUUGUCAGUCUUCUUGCUGGUAUCUUCCCCAGGGCUCAGGUGGGUACUUUGAGCUAAAGCUUCUCUCAGUCUGUCUCUGUCUCUGUCUCUGUCUCUGCCUCUGCCUCUGCCUCUGUCUCUGUCUCUGCCUCUGUCGCUGCCUCUGUCUCUGCCUCUGUCUCUGUCUCUGCCUCUGUCUCUGUCUCUGUCUCUGCCUCUGUCUCUGCCUCUGUCUCUGUCUUUCUCUCUCUCCUCUCUUUCUCUCCUCUCUCUCUCUCUCUCUCUCUCUCUCACACACACACACACACACACACACACACACACACACACACAGGGGAGUUUUAUUUUUAGAGUGCCUAUCCUCUAUGCAUAGGAAGCCUAAGGUUAGAUCUCAGCUCUCACUGGACUGGUGACUAGCUGCCACACAGACAAAUCCUUGACAAAUUGUUCAUAAAGAAGCUUCUUGUUGCCCCACCAAAACCUCAGUUUUAACAUAUUAAAAUCUAGAAAUUGACUUCAGGGCCCUUCCAACCCUAGAACACCACAUCUCUCUAUAGGCCACUGGGUUGGUCUUGUGUGGGGAUGUGAUCUCCUUAGGCCAUGUCUUGCCACUCUCAACACUGGGUGAUACCAAUAAGCUCAUCUGUGGUUUGGGGGCAGGAGAGGGCAAAUGUCACUUUAUUAAUGAAGGGGUAGAAUAGCUGGUCUUCAUGAAGGAUGCGGCAGGUACUGGCUGGGUAGGAGAUGCAGGUGGCUGAGAGCAGCAGAGAGGAAAGGCGGCAAACUGGUACCAGGAAGAACCUGGGGGAGAUUUAACUAGAGACACUGAGGUCAAUACAGCACAGAAGUCCACUAGCAAAGGGGUGUGUGUCAUCACUUUGAGAGUGAAAAGCCAGGGAUCCAAAAGAGCUGAGCCUGACCAGUGAGAGCCUUCAGAAUCCAAGAUGGCUGACUAGGCUUCUGAGUGUCUGUAUCAGGCAGAGCCAUGGGGCCCACAGCCAGAAGACUGAAGAAAGGACAGCUUCAAGGAAUGUUUCUGCCUGCAGAUCAGAUGCGAUAUUGGAACCUCAGGGAGAAACUGUGAUUUUAGUCUAUGGGACCAGAGGCUGGGCUGGGUAUAAAGGAAGAGGAAAGAGAGAAGGUAGCAUGGCUGAGAAGUCAUGUUCCAGUCCCAGACGGGGUGAUCAUCCUUAUUUGAUUGUCUGGGGAUAUCCACAAGGUCAGGACCCAUGUCUCACUCCCUGUGGCUAACACCCGGUGGUGUCCUGUUCUCUGGAGUCUGCACUUUGCCAUCCCCAGGAACAGUCAAUGCGCAGACGAAUGAGUGGACGGCUAUAGCCCGACACACAGAGAGAUCAACAGCAGGGCUGGUGAGGAACCCCAGGUUUCCCCCAGACGGUGACUGAGAAUGCAGACUUCCUGAUCAUUCCAUGUUGCCCAAAGCCAGGAGUGCCAGAACUUCCGAACCUCUGGAUGACCUUGGGGCUUGCCUCAUGCUGGAAGCUGAGGCAGCAGCCGGGGCCCAGACUAUCGACCCUCUUCUUCAUUCUUCCCCUCGCCCCCCCAAGGUGCCGAAUCAGAGCUUACAGCAGGUCUCAGAAUACCCACUGACUGACUAGGAAGGGCUGUUCUGUGUCAAUGGAGGAGGAAGCAGGGGAGGAGCCGGGGCUGGGGAGAUCAACAGCCCCCAGAGACUUCCACUUUUAUCACAUGGACCUGUAUGACUCUGAAGAUAGACUGCAGCUCUUCCCAGGAGAAAGCAGCAGAACCCGGAGGGAAGUAACCCAGGCUGAACUGACCAAUGAGCCAAGAGGGGCAGGGGACAGUAAGAAUCUCCAGAAGGAAGUGGACGCGCUUGUCCAUUUAUACGGGCUUGAAGAUGAACAUGAGUUAGGGGGUGAAUUUGUGGAUGAACACAGAUUGGGGACUCUGGGGUAUCCGUACGGGAUGAGGAGGAGGGAUCCAGGCAGGGAGCAGAGAGACUGGGGGCUUAGUGGUGAGGCAGCUGAGGCCGAGGACCUGUGCUACGGAGUUCAAGGCCCUCCUGACCAAUGCCAAGACCUUCGGGAAGCCUACAGGUACACACAUGGCCGCGCCAGCGAGGAAUAUGAAUGCUACGUCAUCCCAGAGGAGGAAGAUGAGGAAGAGCCUGCUGAUGUCUUCUGUGUCACUUGCAAAACUCCAGUGAGAACUGUUGAGAAGGAUUUUGAUAUACACAAGGAACACGAAGUAACCCCAAUCAACAAGGCUCUGGAACACGCCAAGGAUGAAAUUCACAAAAAUAUGUGCAAAUUGGAACAGCAGAUUAUUGAGAUGGAAAAUUUCGCUAGCCACCUGGAAGAAGUGUUCAUCACUGUGGAGGAGAAUUUUGGAAGACAAGAACAAAACUUCGAGUGCCAUUACAACGAGAUCUUGGAAACCCUCGCUCAGAAGUAUGAAGAAAAAAUUCAAGCUCUGGGGGAGAAAAAGAAAGAGAAGCUGGAAGCCCUAUAUGGACAGCUGGUCAGCUGUGGAGAGAACCUCGAUGCCUGCAGAGAGCUGAUGGAAACCAUAGAGGAGAUGUGUCACGAGGAAAAGGUUGACUUCUUAAAGGAUGCAGUGGCUAUGACUGACAGACUGGGGAAAUUCCUGAAGACCAAGACAGACGUGGAACUCUCUGCAAAGCCUGAGUUUGAAGACCAGACCCUGGACUUCUCGGAUGUGGAACAGCUGAUGGACUCCAUCAAUACCGUUCCAGCUCCCUCUGCUCCAGUGAUAAAUCCCCAGGCACCCAACUCAGCAACUGGCUCCUCGGUGCGUGUGUGCUGGAGUUUAUACUCUGAUGACACCGUGGAGAGCUAUCAGCUGUCCUACAGGCCGGUGCAGGACAGCUCACCUGGCAAGGACCAAGCAGAGUUCACCAUGACGGUCAAAGAAACAUAUUGCUCAGUGAAAAAUCUUGAGCCAAAUACCCAGUAUGAGUUUUGGGUCAUAGCUCAAAACAGGACCGGCCCCAGCCCCUCUAGUGAGCACGUAGUGUAUAUGACAGCCCCCUCUCCUCCCUCUAUAAAAACCGAGGCAAUCAGGAGCUGUGAAGAGGCCGUGCUGAUUUGCUGGGAGUCUGGAAACCUGAAUCCCGUGGACUCCUACACAGUGGAGCUAAUCCAGGCAGAGACGCCAGAAGCCUCGGGGGUAACUGAAUCUGUUGUAGGCAUCCCAACCUGUGAAUCCCUGAUACAGCUACAGCCUAGACACAGCUACACGAUCUACGUUCGAGCCCUGAAUGUGGGGGGCACCAGUGCCAGAAGCAAGCCUGCUACAGUACACACCACAGGAAGCUACUUCCAACUGAACAAGGACACCUGCCACCCCUGGCUGACCAUUUCUGAAGACGGGUUUACCGUGGUUCGAAGUGAGAAGAAGAGAAGUUUCAGAAGGGAGCUGCCACCCAGCAAGGCGCAGUUUAGCAGGUGCGUUGCUGUCAUGGGAAAUCUAAUUCCGGUCCGAGGACGCCAUUACUGGGAGGUGGAGGUGGAUGAGCAUUUGGACUACACUGUUGGUGUGGCCUGUGAAGAUGUCCCUAAACAGGAAGACCUGGGAGCAAACCGCUUGUCCUGGUGCAUGAGGCAUACAUUUGCCUCCACAAGGCACCGGUAUGAGUUUCUGCACAAUGGGACAACUCCAGACAUAAGGAUCACAGUUGCUCCAAAGAAGAUCGGCGUCCUGCUAGACUAUGAGGACUCCAAGCUGUCCUUUUUCAACGUGGACAUUGCUCAGCACCUGUACACGUUUAGCUGCCCACUCCACCAAUUUGUGCAUCCCUGCUUUUCCUUGGAAAAGUCUGGAGGCCUAAAGAUCUGCAAUGGCAUAUCAGCGCCAAAGCACGUCACUUUCUUUUAGGCCCUUCUGGUAUUUCUGCUUUUUCCUCUGUCCUGUCCCACAGCUGCCCUCACCUCACCGGCUGAACCUGGUAUUCGAGGUGCCUGUAGCCAGCAGCAGCUCACGUUACUGUCAGAUGUUAUGCCGGAGCCCAUUUCACCCGAUGUGGACUCAUCCUGCGUGCUGGGCCCUGCUGAUGCCAGGGGAGCCUUUAUCAGAACAGCCUGUUAAAUGAGGGCUCCUGUGGAGUCGAAUCCUUGUAGUGUCAAACUGCAGUUUGUGCUCUGUAAAGUAUUUCAAGUCUCCUAAACUUACAGACCCAGGGAGAGUAUCAGGGAAGUCGUGAUGGUGUCAGCAGCCCCUGUACAUGUGUGACAUUUUACUGUUUACCAAGAACAGACUAGGGAAGGCAAGAAACUCUCGACAGAAAAAGAAGUCAGAUGCUCAUCUUGAGGCUGCCGUGGUAGACUGAAUAAGAAUGGUUCCCAAUAGGCUGACACAUGGGUGGGGGAGGGGCUGAGGUGGCACUACUUGAAAAGGAUUAGACCUAUUAGGAGGUGUGGCUUUGUGGAUCAGAAUAUACAUAUGUCUCCUUUCCACUACUGCUCCUGUGACGAGUGCUGCCGUGCUUCCUGCCAUGAUGAUAAUGGGUAAACCUCUGAAACUGUAAGCCAGCCUCCAAUUACAUGUUGUCUUUUUUAAGCA